UAGGACAGGGGCUAACGGGAGGCUCCCCGGAGCAGAAGACGGCUGCACGGCGGACGGCAGAGCUUCCACUGCGGUGACAGUGCUCCCUGAGGACCGGCCCGGGGUCCCAGCGUGUCAAGGCCUCCCAGUCACUCACUUGCCUCCACCAACAUGGCGGUUCCUCUAGAACGGGCUCUACUCUGCCUCCGCUAACAUGGCGGCGCCCGGGGGAAUGCUUCCGGCCGUGAUGGAGACGCUUAUUCUCCUCCUGCUCCUAACCCUCCCGGGACUGCAUCAGGCGGAGCAGGAAUGGGACCCGGCCGGGUAUCUGCUAUACUGCCCCUGCAUGGGGAGGUUCGGCAAUCAAGCGGAUCACUUCCUCGGCUCUCUAGCCUUUGCCAAGAUGGUGAAUCGGACCCUGGUUGUCCCGCCAUGGAUUGUUUACAACCACCAUCGUCCUCCAUACACUAACGUACAUGUAUCUUUUGAAGAGUUUUUCCAGCUGGCCCCUCUCCGCCAGUACCACAGAGUGAUGAGUAUGGAAGACUUCAUGGAGACGCGUGCCACCAAGUACUGGCCCGCUGAGAGGCGCGUGGCUUACUGUUUCACCGCAGCUGCUCAGAGGAGCCCUGAUAAAAAGAGCUGCCCCAUGAAGGAUGGGAACCCGUUUGGUCCUUUCUGGGAUCAUUUCCAUGUGGACUUUGCACGCUCGGAGCUUUUUGAUGGCAUUAAUUUUAGUGCUUAUUACAAAGAUACUUGGCUGAACCGGUAUCCUGCUUCCACUCACCCCGUCCUCGCCCUCCCAGGGGCACCAGCACAGUUUCCAGUACUGGAAGAGCACAGGAAUUUACAGAAGUAUAUAGUCUGGUCUGAAAAAAUGGUUCAAGAAGGAGAGAAGCAAAUUGAAGCCCUGCUCAUCAGACCAUAUGUGGGGGCCCAUCUGAGGAUCGGCUCUGACUGGGUUAACGCUUGUAAGAUGCUGAAGGACGGUACGGCUGGAUCACAUUUUAUGGCUUCCCCUCAGUGCGUUGGAUACGACCGUCAGAAGGCAAAGCUGCUUACCAUGAACAUGUGUCUACCCGACCUCAAGGAGAUCAAGCGGGCGCUGCUGCACUGGGUGAAGAGGACCAAAGCAAGAUCCGUAUAUAUAGCUACUGACUCCACGUCUUACACUGCUGAACUACAGAAGGCUGUGGGGGAGAAGGUGAAAGUUGUGAGCUUGCAACCAGACGUGGCCCAAAUAGAUCUUUAUAUUCUUGGCCAGUCUGAUCACUUUAUCGGGAACUGCGUGUCCUCAUUCACAGCAUUUGUGAAGAGGGAGCGUGAUAUUCAGGGGAAGCCCUCCUCAUUCUUUGGGAUGGACUCUGUGGUUAGGAAGACGGAUGAGCUAUGAGGAAGUGAGGCAGUGAUGGUCCUUGCCGGGGCCUGUGGUCCAAGAUACUCGACCCCUGACAAACAGCAAAGGAGGUUCUAAUGCUCACCUGGAGGACCCCUGGAGAUUGCUGCCUUAUGCCUUCAGUGUCUGAUCAGAGAGGGUCCAACUGCUGAGUUCCUCACCUUGGGGCCACAGAUCCAUAUAUGCCUUAUAAUGUUUUCUUAUUCUGCUUAAAGGGACAUUCCUCUUGAGUAAGGCCCUGACAAAGCCAGCUAAGUGGUACACUUGCAUCCAGAAAAUGACUCCCUUUGUACACACAUAAGGUUGCCACAUUAUGGAAGUGAUCUCCAAGUCUAUGGGCAAGGAAACUUCAACCCAUGAGCCUUCUUGCCAAUUUUCACAGUUUGAAAAGGUAUACUGAGGGGUGUGGCACUUCAUUUGCUCCUCCCCUAUGGGAAUUUUAAAGGGGUUGUCUGGUUUCUGAAACCAGACAACCCUUGGGAUCCACCUGCUCUAAAGAAGUGGUAAGUACUU